UUCGCAGUGCGGUUAGAUACUGUUCAAAAUUUUUGUGAUUGGCGUUAAUGUCGAAAAUCUUAGAUGUUUUUAUUUCAUUCAACAGUUCUUUAGCUUCGAUACAAUUCCUUUAGAUAUACGUUUGCACCUGGAGUUCACCAGGGCAUCAGUGAAAUAAUCCUCUCCCAACGUCCACGAUGUCCGUCGACAAAGAGGAACUGGUGCAACGCGCCAAGUUGGCGGAGCAGGCGGAACGAUAUGACGACAUGGCGGCCGCGAUGAAAGAAGUCACGGAAACCGGUGUCGAACUCAGCAAUGAAGAGAGGAACCUUCUUUCCGUCGCCUAUAAGAACGUAGUGGGAGCCCGACGGUCGUCAUGGCGAGUUAUCUCCUCAAUUGAACAGAAAACCGAGGGUUCGGAAAGAAAACAACAGAUGGCAAAAGAAUAUAGGGUUAAAGUAGAAAAGGAGCUCAGAGAAAUCUGCUACGAUGUCUUGGGUUUACUCGACAAGCACCUUAUUCCUAAAGCUAGUAAUCCAGAAAGUAAAGUAUUUUACCUAAAAAUGAAGGGAGAUUACUACAGGUACCUCGCAGAAGUGGCCACAGGAGAAACCAGAAAUUCCGUAGUAGAGGACUCACAGAAAGCAUACCAAGAUGCUUUCGAGAUCAGCAAGGCGAAAAUGCAGCCCACACAUCCAAUCAGGCUGGGCUUGGCGUUAAAUUUCUCCGUCUUCUAUUAUGAGAUAUUAAAUUCACCAGACAAGGCGUGUCAACUCGCCAAACAGGCGUUCGACAUUGCUAAGGCCAAAAUGCAACCGACCCAUCCCAUCAGACUUGGUUUAGCACUCAACUUUUCCGUAUUUUAUUACGAGAUUAUCAACUCCCCAGCGCGAGCGUGCCACUUAGCCAAACAGGCGUUCGACGACGCGAUCGCUGAACUAGACACACUGAACGAAGACUCGUACAAAGACUCGACGCUGAUCAUGCAGCUGCUGCGAGACAACCUGACGCUGUGGACGUCGGACACGCAGGGCGACGGCGACGAGCCGGCCGAAGGCGGCGACAACUAGGCCGCCGCCGCGCCACCCCAGCACACGCAUUUGUUCUCAUCGGUGUUUUAUAAGAAAACGAGUAACAUUCGAGAACGCCGCGCGGCGCGGACGCUCCGCCGCUGUUGCGAGCCGUCGCUUGUAAAAAAAAAUGUUAAAAAUGUCGUUCGCAGCGGACCUUCACGUUCCGUCUAAAAUUAAAUGUUAUGUGUCAUCUUUGACGGUUUUGUAUUUCUGUAUUUACACUGGAUUACAGAUAUCGAGCUGACCUGAUGAAUAUAAAUAUUUAUAACUUAAGUUAUUAAAAUUACGGUUUCUUAAGUUAAAAGUGUUUUCCUUUCAUAAUCGGUUAACAUCAGCCUGGUCGGCCCCAAAUCACAUUCCUUUCGCCGCAUGUCCGCAGUGAAAUGGAGAUCAUGAUGGUGAAUAUUGUUUUGAACGUUAUGCAAUUAGGUAUACUAAAAAUUUUGUUAAAGUGCGCCCAAUGAUCCAAUGAAGUUUAGAGUUUUCAUAAAAUAAAUCCACAAUUUGUAAUGGCUGUAUCAACUUUGGGCACAAAAAACUUGUUAGUGUCUUUUGUGGUUAUAGUGAUGUCCUCUGAAGAUAUAAUGUGUAUUACCAAAGCAAAUCUUUUUAAUUGUUGACAUUGACAUUAACCAUUUUGUUGUGCCCAGUACUAAUUUAUAAUAGCUCUGAAUUUCAGGCAUUUAUUAGCAAAAUAGUUUUUGUGAUGGACAAAUUAAUAUUGUAACAUUUCUGCUGCAUUUUAUCAGCCAUUAAUCUAUUAUAUUUUUCAUGUUUUCACCAAUAAACUUUUGUAUUAAAUACAA